AUGUUAAAACAACAUAGAUAUUUUAAAUUUCAUGGGAAAAAUAUAUAUUUUGAAAUUAAUGAAGUUAUUAGUUUAGAAGAAGCAAAAGAAAUAAUAGGAAAGUUUGGAUGUGGAAAACAAAUUAAGUGGAUUGGUGUUGGAAUAAAUGAGAAAGGAUCUAGUCAAAAUACACAUUCACACUCUCAUGUAUAUGUACAAUUGGAUGGUAUUUUCCAAUUUAACAAAAAGCCAGAAACAAAAAUACAUGGGAAAAAAUUACAUAUUAAUUUUAGUUAUAUUUCAAGAUUAUGUGAUAUGGAUGGUUCAUAUCAAAAUAUAAGGAAUUAUCUUAAGAAACAUGAGAAAUAUGAAGAAGAAGGAAUAUUUAGUGAAUCAAUAAGAAUUUCAUGGGACCAAGCUAUAAAAGAAGCACUUGAAUGUCCAGAUUAUUUAGAAGCAACAAGAAUAUUACAAGGAUCAAGUUAUGGAAGAUGGUUAACAAGUUGUUCUACAUUUCAGAAGAAAUGGAAUCAAGAACACUUUGAAGAAAUAGUAGAAUCAAGGAAAAUAUAUAUUCGAUUAAAUCCAUGGAAAGAAGAAAUGAUAGAAGUAAAAGAGAUCAGAACAUGGAUUAAGAAAGCAUUAGAAAGAAAAGAAAAGAGAGUACCAAUAUUAUUUAUUGUUGGUAAAACAAAAACAGGAAAAACAGAAUUUAUUCGAGAUGCAUUAAAAGGAGUAAAGAUAGAAGAUCAUCGAGGUGAAAUUAUGUUUGAUACAGUUGAUCAAUUCAAGAAUUAUGACAUUCGACUAUAUGAUGAUUGUAAUUUUAAAACAUUCUCUUGGGAUAUAUUCAAAGCACUUUGUAGUACAAGGGGAGAAAGUAUUAAAAUUAACAUUAAAUACAGUUCAAUCAUUCUUGAAUCAAUUCCAACUAUCAUCAUAUUCAAUGAAGGUCAAUACACUUCAUUCUUGAAUAGAUGUAAUGAAGAAGGAGAUUCAACGUGGAUACAACAUAAUUCAAAAACAAUAAUGAUAAAUAAUAAAAUAUAUAUGUCUCAAAAUGAAAUGAAUACACAUCAAAUAACAAAUCCUUGUGAUGACUCUAAAUCAUCUCCAUAUGAAAACCAUUCAAAUAAGAGAGAUGAAGAUGAAAUAAUAAAUGAAAAUAAAAUCACAAAGGAAAGUGUUAUUGAAUAUUUAACAAAAAACAAUAUCUCAAUACCAGAUGAACUGAAACUGAAUGAAGUUAAUAAUGAAAAUGUAAAUCAACCACCAGAACAAUUGUUAAACCAAAACACAAUAAACACAUUUGGAUUUAACCAGUUUCAUAGACUACAAAAUAAAAAUGAUAAUCAAUGUGUUAAACAAAUUGAAUACUCAAAUAAUACUCCAUUUAAAAAAGUCAAUCAAAAUGAAUUUGAAGUAAUAUCUGGUUGA